AUGGGUAAAGGAGACAAAGCAGCGAAAGCAGCGCAGGCCAUCGGCCGUGCCUUCUCGGCACAGGUGGCCACUGAAGCGCCGCGCCCGCUGCAUCACAUGGGGGCAGGGUUAUCCUUUGCCAAGAAGAUCAAAGCUAGCCGUUCCAUUGACAUGCCGAUGCUGAGCCACGAGGGGAAGUCCGAGAGGGCCAUCGACGGAAACACCGCCGCCGCCCACGUGGCCUACGCGCUGAGCGACGUUUCCUUCAUCUACCCAAUCUCGCCAUCAACCAGCAUGGGCGAGACCAUGGACAAGUUCGCGACGCAAGGGCGUAAGAACGUGUUCGGGCAGACGGUCAAGGUGAAGCAGAUGCAAUCCGAGCUCGGCUCUGCAGGUGCCCUUCACGGGGCUUUGUCCGGCGGAGCCUUGUGCACGACGUUCACCGCCUCGCAAGGCUUGCUUCUCAUGAUCCCGAACAUGUAUCUCUGUGCCGGAGAGCUCCUUCCGGCCGUGUUCCAUGUUUCCGCUCGCGCAUUGGCGCGUCAAUCCCUGUCUAUCUUCUGCGAUCACUCUGACGUGAUGGCUGUUCGCUCGACCGGCUGUGCUCUGCUGAGCGCACACAAUCCGCAGGAAGUCAUGGAUCUUGGACUUGUCGCACAUCUCGCCUCCCUUCGCAGCUCAGUGCCUUUCGUUCACUUCUUCGAUGGGACGCGCACGAGCGGCGUCAUCGAGUGCGUCAAGCCGAUCCCGUACAGUACCAUGAAGAGCAUCGUGCCCUGGGAUGAGCUGGAUGCCUUCCGACAGCGCGGCCUGAAUCCGCAGCACCCCAUGAUGCGGGGCCUCGGACAAGAUCCGCAGGUCUACUACCAGGCCGCUGUCUCGGCCAACAGGUAUUACGACGCCGUGCCCGGCAUUGUGCAGGACGUCAUGGACCAGGUUGGCGUGAUCACCGGGAGGCAGUACAAGCUCUUCGAGUACUAUGGCGACCCCCAGGCAGAGCGCUGCGUCGUGAUCAUGGGCUCGGCGGCGAAGACUGCAGAGGAGACGGUGGACUAUUUGCGAUCCCAGGGAGAGAAGGUCGGUAUUUUGAAGGUUCGCCUUUUCCGACCGUUCUCCACCGAGCACUUUCUGGCGGAACUGCCAGAAACCGUGCAGGCGAUUGCCGUGCUGGACCGCACCAAGGAAGACUUGGCGCCGUCUCUGCCUCUGCACGCGGACGUCCUCACUGCGAUGAGUGAGGCUGGCGUCUACAAGAAAGUCGUCGGCGGCAAUUACGGCUUGGGAAGCAAGGAGUUCGCGCCUCGCCACGUCAAGGCGGUCUUUGACAACUUGCUGGAGAAGGUGCCGAAGCGGCACUUCACUGUGGGCAUCAAUGACGAUGUGACACAUUCCAGCCUGCUCGUGGGUCCGACGAUCAACACCCAAGAUCCUGGAGUUACACAGGCCAUCUUCUUCGGGCUGGGAUCCGACGGGACGGUCGGUGCGAACAAGGCCGCCGCAGCAAUCAUUGGUGAGCGCACCGAGUUCUACUCGCAGGGACACUUCAACUACUCUUCGCAGAAAGCUGGCGCUUCCACCGUGUCGCACCUGCGUUUUGGCCCGACUCCGAUCCGCAGCGAAUACGAGAUUGAGGCGAGCCCCGGUGCUGACUACGUCGCUUGCCACCACACGUCUUUCCUCGCCAAGUUCGACAUGCUGUCCAAGGUGCGUGAGGGCGGUGCUUUCGUGGUGAACUGCCCAUGGAAGAGCGUGGAGGAGCUGGAGAACGAGUUCCCCGCCAAGCUGCGACGGGCCAUCGCGGAGAAGAAGGUAGAGCUCUACACCAUCGAUGCACACGCAGUGGCCGGCUCUGUAGGACUCCCCGCCAAGCGCAUCAACCAAGUGAUGCAGGCUACCUUCUUCAAUCUCUCCGGAAUCCUUCCUCCAGAGGAUGCGAAAGAGCAGCUUGAGGGCGCCAUCGACAGAAUGUACGGCAAGAAGUCCCCUGAGAUCGUCCGCUCGAACAAGGCUGCCCUGGCAGCAGCACCGGAGAACUUGCACAAGAUUAGCUAUCCAAGCUCCUGGCUGCAAGCAGAGGACAACGAGAAUUCCAUCAAGAAGCUCCAUCCCUCUGCCAGCCCCUUCAGCGAAUCGGCUGAUGAGUUCAGCUCGACUUUCCUGAAGAGCAUCGACUCCCGAACCGCCGACGAGCUGGCAGUGAGUGCUUUCACUCCCGGUGGCGAGACGCCUAUCGGCCAGUCCAAGCACCAGAAGCGCGCUUUGGCCGAGGAGAUCCCCGUCUGGAUUCCUGACAAGUGCACCCAGUGCAACCUCUGCAGCGUGGUCUGCCCCCAUGCCGUGGUUCGACCCUUCCUGCUGGACAAGAAGGAGAUGGAGGCCGCCCCUGAGGGCUUCCAGGCGCGCAAGGCCAAGGGCGGAGACCUUGGAGGCUUGAACUACAGCAUUCAGCUUGCCCCGUACGACUGCACGGGCUGUGCCGUGUGCGUUGAGAUGUGCCCAGACGAUGCUCUGAUCAUGGAGCCUCCCAGCCACUCCCAGCAGAAGUUCAACGACCACUGGGAGUACUCCCUGAAUCAGGUGUCUGUGAAAGACAACCUCAUGGAGAAGACCUCCGUGAAGGGCUCUCAGUUCCAGGAGCCUCUCAUUGAGUUCAGCGGCGCCUGCUCCGGCUGUGGUGAGACGCCCUACGUCAAGCUGCUGACGCAGAUGUUCGGCGACCGCAUGGUCAUUGCCAACAGCAGUGGCUGCUCCUCCGUCUGGGGCGGCUCGUAUGGCCUCAGCCCAUUCCGCAAGAAUCGACACGGCCAAGGACCUGCCUGGGCACGCUCCUUGUUUGAGGAUACUGCCGAGUACGGCUUGGGCAUGGCCCUGGGUUCGGCCCAGCGCCGCGAGAAGCUCAUCGACGAUGUGAAGGAACUCUUGGAAGAGGCAGGCUCGGGAUCCACGAAGAUCUCCUCCGAGUUGCAGGUCCUCCUCGAGAGGUGGCUGGAUGUGGUGGACGACGCGGAGAAGUGUGGCGCUUUGCAGCCGCAGAUUCUGAAGCUCCUGGCGGCGGAGCCCGAGGGUGAUGAGGCAUCGCAGCAGUUGCAGAGCGUUCGUCGCGAGUCCGACAUGCUGGUGGCACCAUCGCAUUGGAUCAUUGGUGGCGAUGGCUGGGCCUACGACAUUGGAUUCGGUGGCCUCGACCACGUCCUCGCCACAGGUCAGAACGUGAACAUCUUGGUGCUGGACACCGAAGGCUACAGCAACACUGGCGCUCAGAUCUCCAAAGCCACCCCCAAGGGAGCCACCAUGAAGAUGGCCGCCGGAGGGAACAAGAUCAAGAAGAAGGACCUGGGAGCUAUCGCAAUGAUGCACGAGAACGCCUACGUGGCCUCCGUGUCCCUGUCCGCGGAUGUGAACCAAACCGUCAAGGCUUUCAAGGAGGCCGAGGCCUACAACGGUCCCUCCAUUGUGAUUGCCUACGCCACCUGCGUCGACUGGGGCCAUCGCGCUGGAGACAAGGCGAUGGUGCAGCAGCAGGUGAAUGCGGUGGAGAGCGGAUACUGGCCGCUGUAUCGCUACAACCCGGAGAAGGUGACAACGGAGUUCAACGGCUUCGAGCUGGACAACAAGCGCAUCUCUAGCGAUGCCAUGGACACCCUCAUGCGCAACGAGAAUCGCUUCACUUCCUUGCAGCGGACCGCGCCAGAGCAUGCGAAGCUUCUCCAGGAUGCCAUGAAGGACGAGUUCACAAACCGCCACGAGUCGCGCCGAAGGAAGGCCAUGGGCGACGAGGACCUCUUGGAGUACCUCAAGAAGUGCAUGGGCGAGCAGGUCACCGGAGAGCGUGUCACCGUUCUCUACGGCACGGACACAGGCAAUGCGGAGAUGGUGGCGAAGAACUUUCAGUUUGAGUUGAAACGUCGAGGCAUGAAGGCCAAAUGCCUCUCCUUCAACGACUUGGCCAUCAGCGACCUCGCAGAGGAGUCCAAGGUCCUCGCGGUCGUGGCCACAGCUGGUCAAGGUGAGAUGCCCAAGUCUGCGGUGAAGUUCUGGCAGGACAUGGAGACUUUCCUCGAGACGGCACCGGCCGACUAUCUGAAGGACACCAAGUUCGCUGUGUUCGGCCUUGGCGACAGCUCUUACGUUUUCUUCAAUGAGGCUGCUCGAAAGAUCGAUGAAGCCUUCGAGAAGCUCGGCGGCGAGCGCGUCCAGCAGCUUGGCCUCGGUGACGACCAGCAUCCCGCCCGCUUCGACACCGAGCUGGAGGAGUGGAGCCCCGACUUCUUUGACAACAUCGAAGCCCCAGAACCACCUCAGGAGCUGAGCCCUCCCUCGCAUCUCGUGGAGAUCCUUCCGGCUGACGACAGCAAGGCCAAGUUGGCUUCCGAGCCCUUCGUGCCCCAUGGUUCCAAGCCUGUGUCCAUGACGGUGAAGAGGUCGACUGUUCCUGACGGCUAUGAGCGAGCCAUUGACCACUUUGAGUUCAACCUCGAAGGCAGCGGCCUCUCGUACGAUCAGGGUGACUCGCUGGGUCUCUGGCCCAAGAAUUCCACCGCGCAGGUCGACAUCUGCCUCAAGGCGUUGAAGCUCAACGGUGAUGAGAUUCUGCACAUCCAGCCCAUCGACUCGAACCGCUCGGCUCCCCUUCCCGAAGUCCUCACGGCCAGGGCCCUACUGACCGAGGUUUUGGACAUCGCCGGCUGGCCCAAGCGACGUUUCUACGAGAUGUUGAAGCUUUCGGCGACGGACCCCAAGGAGCAGGAGGAGUUGCAGCUGCUCUGCUCAAAGGAGGGCAAGGAGACCUACCAGGCGUACACCAACGAAAGCUACACGUAUGCGGAGCUCCUUGAGAAGUUCCCCAGCUGCCAGGUCAGCAUCGGCAAUCUGCUGGACUAUGUGCCUGACAUCAAGCCACGCUUGUAUUCCAUCGCUUCGUCCUCGCGCCUCCGUGGCGACGAUGUCUGCCACCUUUGCAUCAUCAGGAACGACUGGUCUGCGGCGAGUGGGAGGCAGCUUACCGGUCUUUCCACCCGAUGGCUCGGCGAAGACAUGCAUCCGGACAAGGAAGCCCUUCCGGUGCGUGCCUGCGUCCACCCGUCUGCGGUCACUUUGCCAGAGAAGCACACCACUCCAAUGGUGAUGGUGGCCCUGGGUACCGGCAUUGCGCCCAUGCGAGCUUUCAUCGAGGAGCGAGCCGCCGCCAAGAAGGAUGGCGAGGAGUGUGGCCCCAUGGCGCUUUUCUUCGGUGCUCGAAACCGCCAGGAGUACAGCUACGAAGAGGAGUUUGACCAGUACCAGAAGGAUGGCGUCCUGAACCACAUCCAGCUGGCUCUCAGCCGUGAGCAGAAGGAGAAGAUCUACGUCACCCACCGCCUUCAGCAAAACAAAGAGCUGGUGUACGACCUGAUUCACCAGAAGGAGGGAAACUUGUACCUCUGUGGGCCGGGUGGCAACGUCCCACCUCAGGUGAGGCAGGCCGUCAUCGAUGCGAUCAAGGAC